GGGCGACACCUUUCUGCACCGAAUGUCAGUAAAUCUGUUCAAGAUUUUAGUGACAACGACUCCAUUAAUAAUUUCCUUGCUGACCUGGAAAAUAACAGUAAUAAUCGAUGGAAUCAGUCAUCACCACGACAACUGUGGUUAGCCAAGAAGAAGGCCGAACAGAGAAAAGUAGCUCAACAAAGCGAAGAAGAAGCUAGGAGAAAGCAAGAGGAGGAGGAACUUAUGAAGAAGAAAUGCAUUGCAAGAGAGAAAAUUAGAACUUGGUUCCAGGGCAAGAAGUUGGUGAUGAUGAAGCAGAAAGAGUUAGCUGAAAUUGCCCAAACAGAGAUGAAAAUAGAGGCUGCAAACAGACAGAUGCAACAGCUUAAAGCUCAAGAAAAGUAUAGAGAAUGGUUACAAGUAAAGCAACAUGCGAAAAUAGUAGAAAUACAGCGCCGAGAAAUAGAACAUCGUUCUAGAGAACUAGCAGAUAGAGAGAAACGAAAACGAGCCGAAGAGUCUUUUCAGUCGUGGUUGCGUUCCAAUAAAACCACUCUCGCUAGACGACAAACGCCAUAUACAAAGUGCAUUUCCGGUGGAGUUGUUAUAAGUAGGUUUAUUUUAUUCUCCUUUUGCUUUUCUUAUUUAUAG